GGAACGUAGAGAGGAGGAAAUUACAGUCACCAGGGAUUGCUGUAGAGGCAAAUCUUCAAUAAAAGUCCAUUGCCGGCGUGAAAGAGCGGGGCUGUUUUAGCCUGAGCCCCUGCCAAGCUCUGUGGUUGGACCGACUUGUGACCUUUUUCUUCCCCAUUUUCUCUGGAGACAAAGGUGAUUUCUGCACACCGAGUCAAAAAAAAAGCCGCGGAUCUGGUUGUAUUGAAUCCAAAGGACCGAUCCUCGCCUCCCGGGAGCAGCAACUGGGAUCGAAUGGGAAAAUCUCCACCGCUCAUUCUUCUCCGCUUCCUGGCCAGACUGGGCUCUGUUAUGUUAUUUCUUCAGCCCCAUCUGUCCUGUUUUGGUUUUUUCUUCCUUUUUUUCCACCGUUUCUAUUCUAUUGACUCUUCCGUCAGGCUGUGUCUGGGCAUCUCGCGGCAUCUCAAAGCAACCGGCGCUGGCGGCAGCCCAAGGUUUAAAUGCCGCCGUUGGGACCCUUUUCCUUGCACCCUCGGGAGCACUGGGGCACAAGAUGGGCAUUUUUAGGUGUACCCCUGAGGGGUGAGACCCCGUCUUCUCCCCAAACCAUUGCUUUCCCUUUCCAGGAGCCAAAUGCAUCCCUGGGGCUGGGGGCGGCUUUCACUUCAGGCCCUAUGGAUUUGACCGGCUGGAAGAUUUUGGGGACUCUGCAUUUGCAUGGCUGCUUUGCAGCGAGGUUGGAGCCAUCCCGCUUUAUUUUUUUCUAGCAAAAGCAGAUAGCAGUAGGCAAAAUUCCCCAGGGAAUUUAGAAAUUGAGGUGAAAAGGGUCUGAGCAACAGGGCAGGGGGUGGCGAGUGAGCGAACACGUGUGUGCGUCAGGGUUAGAAAUCGCUUCUCGGCUGGGCACGCUGCAGGAGGGGGGGGGAAAGAGAGAGAAAAAAAUCAGUUACAGCCGCGUUUUCCAAAAAGCCCGAGUGUUUCUGCUCGCCGUCGCUUCCAAGAAACGGAGAAAAACCGGGGAGGUAAAUUGCAGUGAUUCAUCGCGGGCAGAUCGGAGGCAGGAAAUGUGAGAGUUUGCUGCCUGCCCCGUGCCCGGCGUGGGCUCGGGCUCGCCUGGGCCUGGCUGGCGGCGAGGGCCUGACGCCCACGGGUCGAGCAUCCCUGCGCCGCGGCGGGAGCUGCCGGAGGAGCCACCCGGGGAAGGAAAACAACCGGCGAAGGCCGAGGGCCGGAGCAGGGGGAAUUUUUCAUCUGCGUUUCUCCGGAGCCAUCUGAGCGAGCUGCCCGUGGCUGCGGCGUGGCCUCAGUGACACGAGUUGCACCAGUCUCAGCCCAGCCGAGGACUGCGGAAGACAAAACCCCGUUGGGGGGCUGGAGAGGAGCCGGGCGCGUCCCUCGGUGGGUGCUCCGGCUGAAAAAGCACCCCUAAACCUGCUGUUCCCGCUGCUGGUGAUGGAGAUUGCCCUUGGAGCACAGCCAUGGGGGGACAGUGACCAGGGGCCAGAUCCGGGCUCCCCGCCAUGCUGGGUGGCUCCGGAUAAUUCGGAUGCGGCACCAAAGCCGCUUACCCCCCUCCUGAUCCAGCCUUCACCCCAAAACCCCGCUGCCAUGAAGAAGAAGCCGGCCAACGGGAGGGGCCCAGAUCCUGCGGCCCCCCAGCAGCGAGCCCGGGGCAUUGCCAAGCCGGCAGAGUACGUGGGCUCCUUCGUGGUGGAGGACUUGGACCUGCAGCAGCAAGCGGGGCGGCUGGAGGAGCAGCUGCGGGCACUGAAGGACUGCCCCAGGAGGAGGUCGGUGGUGCUGAGGUUCAGCUUGCAGGGGCUGAAGGUCUACGGUUCCGAUGGGGAGACGCUGCUGAUGGCGCACGCUCUCCGCCGGAUCCUGUACAGCACGUGGCGGCACGCCGAUUGCCAGUUCGCCUUCGUGGCGCGCAAUCCCCGCAGCCCCGCCAGCACCCUCUUCUGCCACCUCUUCGUGGGGCCCCCGGGCGAAGUCCAGACCCUGCACCUCUUGCUCUGCCGCUCCUUCCAGCUCUGCUACCUCCUGGCGCACCCCGAGGAGCAGGCGGGCGAGGGGGAGACCCCCGGUUCCGGGGUGCUGCGGGAGCCCCUCAACCCCGAGGAGGUGUCACGCAACGUCAACGCCCUCGUCUCCUUCCGACGCCUGCCCGCGCUCCCCGGCCUCGGCUCCCUGGGCACAGGGGAGCGGCGGCCGGAGGCGGAGGGCAGAGCCGGCACCUGGCGCUUGGGGAACCCCUACUGCUCCCCGAUUCUGGUGCGCAAGAAAGCCAUCCGCAGCAAAGUCCUGCGCUCGGGGGCUUACCGGGACUGCGGGGGCGAGAGCCAGCUCCACCAGCCACCCCGCGACACCGCGGCGGCGGGAUGGGAGAGCAAAGGGGCGAGGAGCUUGGCCUUCCUCCCCGAAAACGAGAAUGUCCUCGCCGAGAGCGUGUGGGCCUUCACCGGCAUCUCCAGGGACGGCGGGAUCGCGCUGCUGCGGCGGGACGUCCCCGGCGCCUUCCUCCUGCGCCCCGAGCCCGGCCUGGCCAAGCGCUGGUGCCUGUGGGUGCGGGCGCCCUGCGGCGUCGUCCCCUAUUGCCUCUUCAGGACCCACCAGGGCAGGUUCUGCGUGGAAAUGACCUCAGAGGCGGUGAAGGUAAUCGUGCGCUGCCGACCCAUGAACGAGCGUGAGAAGGCUCUCAGCUGCAAGGCAGUCAUCAGCAUGGAGAGCGCGCGGGGCCAAUGUUUUCUCCAGAACCCUGCCGCUGCCGGUGAGCCCCCGAAGCAGUUCACCUUUGACGGGGCAUACUACCAGGAGCACAACACGGAGCAGAUCUACAAUGAGAUCGCCUACCCACUCGUGGAGAGUGUCACUGAAGGCUACAACGGCACCAUAUUUGCCUAUGGCCAGACUGGCAGCGGGAAGUCAUUCACCAUGCAGGGAGUUGUGGAUCCUUCUACACAGAAAGGCAUAAUACCCAGGGCAUUCGAACACAUUUUUGAGAGCAUACAGUGUGCUGAAAAUGCCAAGUUCUUGGUGAGAGCUUCCUACCUGGAGAUUUACAAUGAAGACAUACGAGAUCUUCUAGGAGCUGAUACCAAGCAGAAGUUGGAGCUGAAGGAACACCCGGAGAAGGGGGUGUACGUGAAGGGGCUCUCUCUGCACACCGUGCAUAGCGUGGUCCAGUGCGAGCAGAUCAUGGAGACAGGCUGGAGAAACCGAGCGGUGGGUUAUACCCUCAUGAAUAAGGACUCUUCCCGCUCCCACUCCGUCUUUACUGUCAAUGUGGAAAUCUACACCGUAGAUGAGCGAGGGCAGGACCACCUUAGGGCUGCAAAACUCAAUUUAGUGGAUCUGGCAGGAAGUGAGAGACAGUCAAAAACCGGAGCCACAGGGGAGCGGCUCAAAGAGGCCACCAAAAUCAACCUCUCCCUCUCAGCUCUGGGCAACGUCAUCUCGGCCCUGGUUGAUGGCAGGUGUAAGCACAUCCCCUACCGAGACUCAAAGCUGACCAGGCUGCUGCAAGACUCCCUCGGAGGGAAUACCAAGACACUGAUGGUAGCGUGCUUAUCUCCGGCUGAUAACAACUACGACGAAAGCCUCAGUACUUUGCGCUAUGCUAAUAGAGCGAAAAACAUCAAGAACAAGCCCUGUAUCAAUGAGGACCCCAAAGAUGCUCUGCUAAGGGAGUAUCAGGAGGAGAUUAAGAAGCUGAAGGCCAUUCUAGCUGAACAGAUGAGCGCAAAUAACUUGUCAGGGCUUCUACCUGCUGAGACUGCUCACCUCGAAGUGAAGCCAGUUCCCCUCCUCAAACCCCAGUUAGAUCUUGAAGCAGAGAAGCAGCUGAUCAGAGAAGAGUAUGAAGAGAGGCUGGCCCAACUCACGGCCAGCUACGAAGCAGAGCAGGCAUCCCGUGCCCGCCUCGAAGAGGACAUCAGUAGCCUGAAGAAUCACUACAAUCUCAAGCUGUCUGCUCUCGAGGAGAGCCUCAGGAAGGAAGCAGCUGCCAUGAGGACUGAAACUACUCCUGACAAGACUCCUUUGCCUGAGGACACUGUUACUGCAGCAGAUGAAGAACCGUCAGCCCAGGACCCAGCAGCGCCUCGGACUGUCCAAGACGUGAGCAGGGGGAGCGCUGGAGCAGAGGUGGCUGUCACCACUGAGGGGAUUUCCAUGCCUGCAGACCAGAAGCAGGUGCUUGCCAGGCUGCAGAUGCUGGAGCGACAGGUGGUAGGGGGGGAACAGGCAAAAAACAAGGACCUCAAAGAAAAGCAUAAACGCCGGAAAAAAUAUGCAGAUGAGCGGAGGAUGCAGCUGGUGACAGCGCUGCAGCAAUCUAACGAGGACAGUAGCGAUUGGGUUCUGCUUAAUGUCUACGACUCCAUCCAGGAAGAGGUUCGAGCCAAGAGCAAGCUUCUGGAGAAGAUGCAGAAGAAGCUGCGGGCUGCCGAGACUGAGAUCAAAGAUCUGCAGUCGGAGUUUGAGCUGGAAAAGAUCGAUUACCUCAGCACCAUCCGCCGCCUGGAGCGAGACCUGAUGCUCUUCCAGCAGCUUCUGGAUCAGGUGCAGUCUCUGGUCCGGCGCGACUGUAACUACAGCAAUCUGGAGAAAAUCAAGCGCGAAUCCGUCUGGGAUGAGGAAAUCGGCUGCUGGAAAAUUCCAGAGCCUGUCAUUCAAAAAACCCGCCUGCCCGCAGCAGUUCCAGCCCUGCCUCAGCCCCAACCUGCCCAAAAGAGCCCUUCAGCCCAGAGCCGGGAGCGAACGCCCGAGGAAGACCGCUACAAGCUGGUGCUGAACAGGAGCGACAGCGAGACCGUCGCCAGCAACUACUUCGGCUCCACGCGAGCCAGCCGCAUCCUCCACCCUGACCCCACCAAGAACCGAGCUGCCCUGGGGGCCCCGAGCUCCGCCAUGCCCCAGCCCCGGCCCUUCCGCCUCCAGGCCCUCGCCCUGGCCCCGCCGACCACCACCAAGCGCAAAAAGGGCAAAGCCGGCUCCAGCGGCCAUCCCCUCUGACGCCGUCACCGCAGGAAGACGCCAAAUCUCUGUGGUUUUGCACCAAAGUUCUCUCGCUGUACACGGAGGUGAGGGACAGAAGGCGAGCUGGGUGUCACUGUGUUCUCUCACGCCCUGUACCCCCCACUCCCCCGCUGCAAUAAACC